CAUCAUCAUCAUCAACAACAACAACAACAUAUUAGAAUCAUCAAUGAAAAGAAAAGAAUGUUUAUGAGAAUCAGAAUCGAAUCUGAAAAAAGUAGUAGUAGUAGUAGUAGUAGUAUUUCAUCAUCAUCAUCAUCAUCAUCAUCGUUGUUGAUUCUAAAUUUAAAAAUUGAAAUUCUUCUACUACUGUAAAGAAUUGCUCGACUUGAGUGAAAAAUAAAAUAUCAACAUC